GCGGUAGCAAAAGAGAAAGUAAGGAGGAGGAUGCGGGCGGCGCGCGGCCGGCGGCGCGGGGCAGCGAGCGCCAGAGCCAGCGGCGGCGGCGGCGCGGGACGCACCGGAGCGCGCCGCCACGCGCCGGGUGAUCUUGAGUUCUUCCUAAUUCGCUAGUCCUCAGCCUCCUCAUGCCUCCGUCUCCUUUAGACGACAGGGUAGUGGUGGCACUUUCGAGGCCAGUGAGACCUCAGGAUCUCAACCUUUGUUUAGACUCUAGCUGUCUUGAACCUGCCUCCUCUGUCAGCGAGAGCCACUCCAGUCUGCUCGGUGCAGCUGUCGUGUCCCUAAAGACUGCUAAUCUCACGUAUAUGCCCUCAUCUAACGGCUCUGCACGCUCCCUGAGUUGUGGAUGCAGCAGUGCCAGUUGCUGCACUGUGGCAACGUACGACAAGGACACUCAGGCCCAAACUCAAGCGAGCACCAGCAGCGCCGGAGCCCCCACAGCCUGCCCUGCCAACCAAAUGGUCAACAGCAAUGAGAACGCCGGCAGCUUGAGCCCCCUGGGUGGAGUGGGGAGCCCGGUCUCGGGUACCACCAAGCAGCUAGCUAGCAUCAAAAUCAUUUACCCCAACGAUCUGGCGAAGAAGAUGACCAAAUGCAGUAAGAGCCACCAACAGAACCAAGGGCCUGUCAUCAUUGACUGCAGGCCGUUCAUGGAGUAUAACAAAAGCCACAUUCAAGGGGCUGUCCACAUUAACUGUGCUGACAAGAUCAGCCGGAGAAGGCUCCAGCAGGGCAAGAUCACCGUCUUGGACUUGAUCUCCUGCCGGGAAGGCAAGGACUCUUUCAAGAGGAUCUUUUCCAAAGAAAUCAUAGUUUAUGAUGAGAAUACCAAUGAGCCAAGCAGAGUAAUGCCUUCCCAGCCACUCCACAUAGUGCUGGAGUCACUCAAGCGAGAAGGCAAGGAACCCCUGGUCCUAAAAGGAGGACUCAGCGGUUUCAGGCAGAACCACGAAAACCUCUGUGAUAACUCCCUUCAGCUGCAAGAGUGCCCAGAGGGGGGAGGAGGCAGCGGCGCGUCCGCGGUGCCCCCCACGCUACCUCAGUCCAUCCCCACCACACCGGACAUCGAGAACGCUGAGCUCACCCCCAUCCUGCCCUUCCUUUUCCUCGGAAAUGAGCACGAUGCUCAGGACUUGGAGAAAAUGCAGAGGAUGAACAUAGGCUAUGUAAUCAAUGUGACAACCCACCUGCCCCUGUACCACUAUGAGAAAGGCAUGUUCAACUACAAGCGGCUCCCGGCCACUGACAGCAACAAGCAGAAUCUCAGGCAGUAUUUUGAAGAGGCUUUUGAGUUCAUUGAGGAAGCCCAUCAGUGUGGAAAAGGUCUCCUCAUUCACUGCCAGGCCGGUGUGUCCCGAUCUGCCACCAUAGUUAUCGCAUACUUGAUGAAGCACACACGCAUGACCAUGACGGAUGCCUAUAAAUUUGUAAAAGGCAAGCGACCAAUCAUUUCCCCCAACCUUAACUUUAUGGGGCAGUUACUGGAGUUUGAGGAAGAUCUAAACAACGGCGUCACACCACGGAUCCUCACACCAAAGCUGAUCGGCGUAGAAACUGUUGUGUGACAGUGAAGUCAACGAAGGGGUUAGCGUAUUCUUCACCUGAUUUAGGGCAGUGAUGGGUGGGUUUUUCUUUUUAGCUUUGGGGGGGGGGGGUUGUGGCAGACUUUUUGCGAAUAAAAACCCUUUUUUGUGAGGAAAGGUUUUUAAAAGAGAUCCAAGAACUUGGCCAUGUUUGGGAUGUGGCUGUGGUUUCCUUCCCAGGCACUGGCAGAGCAGGGAGGCUUCGGAGCAAAAGGAGUACUUUUUAAAAUCAAAACAAGAAGAAGAAAUAUUGGGCUUUUUUGUUUUGUUUUUUCUUCCUCCUCCUCUCCAGCUACUCCUAGAGUUUAUGGCUAAGUAGUCUGUGCAGGUUCAUAGACUGAAGAAACCUAAGUUGAAGAUGAAAUACAGAAGGCCAAAACAAAGCAGAAAAAACUCCCUGAAACAUGAGGGCCUUCAUUCUGCAAACGCUUUGCUAAAGAUAACCUAGCAAAAUGCUCACUGAUGCAAAGGAGAUCAGAGCAGCUUAAAAAGUCUGCAAGGCACUUUUCACACUCCUGACUCAAACUAAAGAAAAAAAAAGUUUUUUUGGCGUGUUUCAUGUUCCAGUUCUAUUUUUCUAUUUUGGGGUGUAAGGUUUUAACAGUAAGGGACUUUGAUCAUUCUAUGCCAUAUGCCUUCACUGGCUUCUUGUGCAAUAAUAAUUUGGGGUUUGUUUUGAGUGUUCAAUCCAAUUAGAGUUGGCUGCUCACUAAUAAUUAGAUAAUAAUUUUUAAGGUCUAAUAGUGAAAUUGCAGCCGGCUUGGUUCAGAAGAGAUAAAUGAAAGCAAUUAUUUUGUUCCUUUAUAUGAUUUUGAUCCUGGUUACAGUGCCAUAAACCUUGUUACAUAUGUAUAUCAGAAUGUACAAAAAUUGAGAACAAGCAAAGUUUAUUUAAAAAUAUUUUUCGCACAAAAUAUUGGUGUGUUUCAGUUGUCUAUGUAAAAAGAAUUGAUUAUAAAAACAAAAAUCCUUUGGAAAAUGCGUGUCCUUUUAUUUCUUUAGUGAUUUUCCAUUUGCUUUCUGUGGGAUGGUGUGUUGGUUUUUUUUUUUUUUCAGUGUACAUUGCUGGUAUCUUUUGUUUGACAUCUCCUUUUCAGUGCUUUAUUCCUGUCCUCUGCUGGUAGAAUGUGUUUUCUUUAUUUCUGUAUUUAUUUUUUGUUGUACUCUUGCAUCCCUUGCUUUCUGUAGCCAUGUUUUUCUCUCCUGGAAGUACAUCAAGCUUGGAGCUGUUCAGCUGAAUUGGCACAACUGGGGAGGGCUUUUGGGGACAGACCUACAGCUGAAUAGUCAUUUAGAAAAAUAAGAAAUAAACAUUUUUUACUGAUUCCUUUUCAUUUCCUGCAGUUAGCUUAUCUUCUGUGUUACAAAACUAUUUUCUAGAAAUAUAUUGGUCUCCUCCAUGUUUUUCCCUGGCCUCUCUACCGGCUGUUCCUUUUGCAGUUCCAUGAUCCCUGGCCACGCUGGGAUGUUUCCCUCUCUUUUGCCCAUCUUUCCCUUCAUCCCUCCCUUUUUCUAGCUGUGUCAGUGUUAUGUGUGGUGCAUAUUGUAGAGCUGGUGCUUCUUGCCCGACAGUGUCCCUUAGGUGGCUGACUUCUUUUGCUUUCCUUGUUUGUUAUUUACUUUUUUGCUGAUGAUAUGGUAUAACCUGAUCUCGACUGUUUCCAACUCAAAGUUUAUUUGUAUGAGCCUAAAAUGAGCUAGAAAACAUUUCUCGUAUGAUUCUGUUGUGCAAACUGAUAUAUCCCAGGAAGCCUGGUAGAUGUGAAGGUUUUUCCUAGAUGAAAACCAAUGUGGACUGAACCAAGUUUAAAACAGGACCUGUCAGAAAACUUAUGUAUAAUCACAUUAGACAUGUAUAUUUUUGUGGACAUUUUACUUAAAAUGUUGUUACUAUACAGAUAUUUUCUUGAAACUUAUCCCUUUAUUAAAUUAUUUUUCUACUGGAACUGAUUUUUUUUUUCUUUCCAAUGUUGGUCCCUUUGCUGAGGUGCCCUUGGUGGCGAGCAUUGCCCAGGCAGCAAAACCUCUCAGGCUCUGACCGCUCAGGCUGAGGAGUGGCUCGAUAGAGGGAGCACCUUUUACUGUCUGGGAAUCUGUGUGCCCCAGGAGGAAGGACAUCCCCUAGCAGAGAUGGUCUCCUUCCCCCUUCCCUUGCACUUGGGCUCAACCUUUUUCGGCUGUUCUCCAUGUAGUGUGGGUGCACCUGAGUCACAUUGGUAGCUGGCAGAGAGGAGGUUAGAAAUGCUCUUUGCUGCUCCGAGUUAGAGAAAGGGAGGCCUUCUGGAAAAAGCAGCAGGGUUGGCUGAAAAUUUGGUCCUAGCUGCCUGCGUUACUGAUCUGCAUAAUGCUGGAGUUCCACAAGGGAGAUCUUUUAUACUUAUAUACUCAGCAACUGGAGCAUGCAACCUGGGACACAGCUGUCCUAAGCUUGAGGGGAAUAAAGGAGGACUAAAUUC